AUGAUGCCUCUAGACGUCUACGUGCUGCCUGGCCGCGAAUUCACUCCAGCAGUCCCCCAGGGUACCCUGCCAGCCCCUCUUGGCCCGGGAGUCUCUCCGGUUUACGUCCCAACAUACGUACAGAGUCUGCAGAGAUUGGUCUGCCCCGUGACACCGAGCGAGAUGGCGGCGAGGCUGAGAGCAGCAAGACGGGAGAUUCUAGGACAACUCCUGAUCACCAACGCCCGACAGGCUUGCGUACGAACAGUGAACGAGAGCGGUUCGCUUGAGGACGGGGAGCCCGAAGAGGGAGGGGAGGAAGAAAAUCAAGUCAAGAUCUGCGAGAUCUGCCAGGCGGAGUACGAGCCGCAGGAGUCGGUGACCUUCCUUCCUUGCGGCCACUUCUUUCAUUCUCGCUGCAUAACCCGGUGGAUCGAUACCCGUCUCAACGCUCUGCAGCUCUGCAGCUGCCCGCUGUGCCGACGUCACGUUCCUUGCUCGCUGCAACAGGAGGAGGGAGGCAACCGUGGCAUCGAGUGGCAGCAGGAGUCUCGAUGGUUCAUGGAAGUGAAUCCGAUGCAGAAGAAUCUUUCGUUCGACCUCGUUCUGCUCGAGAAAGCUUUCGAGCUGUUCUUGUCCUAG